ACUGUGAGUCAUUUAGUGUCCUCCGCACGUCUGCCUAUUGUCUUUUGUGCUGGAGCCGCCAUCCGUAAGACUGACAGCGAUGUCGGAGGAGCCAGGCACGAGUAGCAAGCGAUACCGUCAAGAUGAAGAUGAUGACGGUUCAGAGCCACAAAACGGCGACAUCAGCGACAACGAUGCGUCAGAAAACAACGCUAAAGACGCCAGACCUCACUCCAAGAAACGGCGCUCGACUCUCUCUAAAGACGCAGUGGCCACGCUGCGUUCGUGGCUUUGGGAGCAUCGUUUCAACGCCUACCCUACAGAAGCAGAGAAGCGCAAGUUGUGCGAGCAGUGCGGGCUAACUAUGGUGCAGUUGUGCAACUGGUUUAUCAACGCGCGUCGUCGCACACUACCAGAGAUGAUUCGAAGGGAAGGCCGAGAUCCAGCAAGAUACACUAUGUCACGCCGUUCUGGAGACGGCUCGUCGGUGCACCACCAAGACGACCAACUACAAUCGGCAGAGCAAGCGCUAAGUGAGAUAGCAGCUCUACAUUCCAACGCUAAUAGUCCCGUGCCUCUCAACUACCCGCUCUCGUUUCCUUUGCCAUCAACCAGUGAUUCAACUCGACAGGAUGACGGCUCAGGCGCCACUGUCACUUACAACACGCCACCGUUCCUACCGCUUCCGAGAGCUCUCCGAACAUCAAACGGUCAUCAUGUACCGCCCUCUCCUGUCAUGUUCGAUCCUCCCCCUGCUUACUAUCUUCACUAUCCAACUCCGAUGGUUGUGCUGCCAGCAGCGGUAUCUCUGCCGUAUACGGCUGUUUGUCCCCCUCGCAUGUCACUCAUGAACUCCGGGAAUGGGAGUGAUCAGAGCAGAUCGUUUUUAUCCACAUCGAUGCCAGCUGGUGUCCGAAACAGUUUCCAGAUGUUGUGCGAUGUCGCACUCAAAGAGGGAGGAUUUCCCAACAAAUAGUAACAGGAACAGACGAGAGAAAGGAGGAUGCACAGUGAUCACGUACAGACUAGAGUAAUAAGAAAGUAACCUGUUUCUUGAGUUUUACCUGGCUACAUAUCUAGAGCCUGUUUGUAGUCGUUUCUGUUCUCUGUUUUAUAUUGAGCUCUUACCAAACCAAU